GAGUUCUUUCCAAGAACCUAACCCCAUUUCUGAUUUUAACCUUCCUCAAACGCACUCGUUCCUCAGCUUUCUCCCUCGCGCUUUUCCAAUUCAUUCUUCUCGAUCUCCAUACCUCCACAAACCCAACUCCAUACAACAAUCACCUCCAUUACGUACACUACAGAUCAUUCGACAUCGACCACCCAUCUCACCGUCGUCUUAUUCACGGCGGUUGAUUUCGGUCUAUCUAACCGAUGCAAUUUCUGGGUUGAGAAUUAUUGAAACUCUUAAGGGGAUUUAAUGGCGUUGCAAGAACAAUUAGAUAGGUUUAAGAAACAGCAAGAACGAUGUCAGAGUACCUUGUCUGGCAUUGCUGCAUCCAAGUCUGUAUCCAAGUCUACACCCAAGUUUACGCCUGCACCUGCUGCUUCCAUUGCAAGACCUCCGGCUCCUGCUGUAAAAUUUUCAAAUGACACUGAGAGACUUCAACAUAUUAACAGCAUAAGGAAGUCUCCAGUCGGGGCUCAGAUCAAGAGGGUUAUUGACCUGCUGCUGGAGACAAGGCAAGCGUUUACACCUGAGCAAAUCAAUGAAGCAUGUUAUGUUGAUAUAAAUUCCAACAAGGCUGUCUAUGAUAGUCUGCGGAAUAACCCAAAGGUGCACUAUGAUGGGAGGCGUUUCUCAUACAAGUCCAAGCAUGACCUGAAGGAUAAGAAUCAACUUCUUUACUUGGUACGAAAAUUUCCAGAAGGCAUUGCUGUCAUUGAUCUCAAGGAUGCUUAUCCAAGCGUUAUGGAGGACUUGCAAGCCCUAAAAGCCUCAGGCCAGGUUUGGCUUCUCUCAAACUUCGAUUCACAAGAAGAUAUUGCCUACCCAAAUGACCCACGAAUUCAAAUCAAGGUAGACGAUGAUCUGAAGCAGCUCUUUCGGGAGAUCGAAUUACCUCGUGACAUGCUUGAUGUCGAAAAGGAUCUGCAGAAGAAUGGAAUGAAGCCUGCAACCAACACGGCAAAGAGGCGAGCCAACGCACAACACGUAGCAUCCUCAAAACCCAAGCCGAAGAAGAAGAAGCAAGAAAUCAGCAAGAGGACUAAGCUCACUAACGCACAUCUACCCGAGCUCUUCAAAAACUAGAGAACCGUAUAGACUGGCCUGCAACAAUAUAGUUUGUAUGGAUAAUUCAUGGACUCUGUAGAUAGGAUUCAAUCAUGCCUUCUGUUUGGUGUAUUGCUAUUUGUUUUCCAUGAUCUCAUCAUAGAUUGAAAUGCUCCUGUGAUUUACUCUUCUUUGUUUACAUCAAUUAAUUGAACAAUUUGAAAUGUAAGAUAUAAGUUCAACUAAACUAGAUAUAUGGUAUUAGAAGUUUUAGCAUAUAUACCAACUUUUGAAUUCUA